GAGGGGUCCCCACUUCCCGCUCGGACGGCGAAUGGAGCAGGGGCGCGCAGGUAUCUUGGCAUCUCCCAAUGGGGUGGCUUUGCUCCGGGCUCCUGUUCCCUGUGGGCUGCCUGAUCCUGAUGUGGGUUUCAGGCUCUGGGAGCAUUAAAGUCCUGCAUGAGCCCACCUGCUUCUCUGACUACUUCAACAUCUCCACGUGCGAGUGGAAGAUGGACCGUCCCACCAACUGCAGUGCCGAGCUCCGCCUGUUUUACCAGCUGGAUUUUGUGAUCUCCGAAAACCACACGUGUGUCCCUGAGAACAGUGAAGGCACAGCAUGUGUGUGCAAUAUGAUCAUAGAUGACUUGGUUGGAGCAGACAUCUAUACGUUGGACCUGUGGGCUGGGCAGCAGCUGCUGUGGAGAGGCUCCUUCAGUCCCAGCAACCAUGUGAAACCCAGGGCUCCAGGAAACCUCACAGUUCACACCAGUGUCUCUGACACGCUGCUCCUGACAUGGAGCAACCCGUACCCUCCUGGAAGCAUGCUGUACAACGACCUCACCUACCUGGUCAACAUUUCACGGGAAAACGACCCCACAGAUUUCAAAAUCUAUAAUGUUACCUACAGAGAACCCACCCUCCGCCUCCCAGCCAGCACCCUAAAGUCUGGAGUUUUCUACGUGGCACAGGUGAAGGCCCUGUCUCAGAGAUAUGAAAGCACCUGGAGCGAGUGGAGCGCCAGUGCCAGGUGGCACAACUCCUACACGUGGCCCUUGAAGCAGCGCCUCCUGGUGGGUGUCAGCAUCUCCUGCAUCAUCAUCCUGGUCAUCUGCCUGUCCUGCUAUUUCAGCAUCGUCAAGAUUAAGAAGGAGUGGUGGGACCGGAUUCCCACCCCAGCCCACAGCCCCGUCAUGGCCAUUGUCAUCCAGGACUCUCAGGUGUCACUGUGGAAGAGGCAGUCCCGAGCCCAGGAACCAGCCAAGUGCCCACACUGGAAGACUUGCCUUACCAAGCUGCUGCCUUGUUUGCUGGGGCAUGACAUGAAAAGGGGCGAGGAUCCCCCUACAGCUGCCAGAAAUGGGCCUUUUAAGACCACUGGAAAAUCAGCAUGGCACCCUGUGGAGCUCAGCAGGACAGUCCUCUGGCCAGAGAUCAUCAGCGUGGAGCGGUGCGUGGAGUUGUUGGAGGUGCCAGUGGAGAGUGAGGAGGAAAUGGAGGAAGAUAAAGGAAGCUUCUGCGCAUCCCCAGAGAGCAGUGGGAGCACCUUCCAGGAGGGCAGGGAGGGCAUUGUGGCCCGGAUGACAGAGAGCCUGUUCCUGGACCUGCUCGGGGGUUCAGCUGGGGGCUUUUGCCAGCAGGGCAUGAGGAAGUCGUGUCUUCUUCCACCUUCAGGAAGCAUGAGUGCUGAGAUGCUCUGGGCUGAGUGCCCAAGUGCGAGGCCCAAGGAGGCAUGUUCCCAGGGCAUGGAGCAGCCUUUCAGCCUGGAGCCCAGUCCUGCGGCCAGCUGGAGCCAGGGCCCAGCCACCCUGGUUUGCACAGAGAUGCCCAUCAUCACCACAGACAACCCCGCCUACCGCAGCUUCAGCAACUUCCCGAGCCAGUCCCCAAGUCCCGGAGAGUUUGACCCAGACCUGCAGCUGGCCGAAUGCCUGGAGGAAGUGUACCCCAACACCCCCUGUGCCCCCCAGCCCUCUGAGCUGACCACAGAGCCCCAGCCUGAGCCAGAAACCUGGGAGCAGAUCCUCCGCCAGAGUGUCCUCCAGCACAGAGUGGCCACGGCCCCCGCCUCAGCCCCCGCCAGCAGCUAUCGGGAGUUCGUACACGCGGUAAAGCACAGCAGCGCCCAGGAUAGUGGGGUGGCAGGCUGCGAAUCUUCCGGAGAGGCCGGGUACAAGGCCUUCUUGAGUCCGCCUGCCAGCAGCACUGUGUCCACGGGGAAAUCUGGACUUGGGGCCAGCAGUGGUGAUGGGGGCUAUAAGCCCUUCCAGAGCCUCAUUCCUACCUGCUCCAGGGACCCUGCCCCAGUCCCCGUCCCCCUGUUCACCUUUGGACUGGAUGUGGAGCCACCCCACAGCCCUCAGCACUCACCCCUCCCAAGCAGCUUCCCAGAGCACCUCAAUCUGGAGCUAGCAGGAAAGGGGGAGGACAGGCAGAAGCCCCCGUUUGUGCCAGAACAGAUCACAGACCCCCUCAGGGACGACCUGGGCAGCGGCAUCGUCUACUCAGCCCUCACCUGCCACCUGUGUGGCCACCUGAAGCAGUGUCAUGGCCAGGAGGAGGGUGGCCAGGCCCAUGUCAUGGCUAGCCCCUGCUGUGGCUGCUGUUGUGGAGACAGGUCCUCACCCCCGAGGAGCCCCCUCAGGGCCCCGGACCCCUUUCCAGGUGGGGUUCCACUAGAGGCCAGCCUCUCUCCAGCUCUCUUGGUACCCUUGGGCAUCUCAGAGGAGAGUAAGUCCUCACUGUCCUUCCAACCUUCCCCCAGCAAUGCUCAGAGCUCAAGUCAGACUCCCAAAAUAGUGGACCUGGUCUCCACAGUGCCCACGUGUACGAGGGUCUCCUAGGUACAUGUCCUCUCGUUGCUGAGGUCUACAGGUGAGGACUGGGGCUUAUCCAUGCCUGGGAAAUGCCUCCUUCUGGAAGGCAGCCAGACUGGCAGAUUUCCAAGAUAUUCAGAGAACUGUGGUAUGAAGGUGUGAAGGUGGACCUACACUGGGGCUAUGGAGACUGGACUCCUCCCCCAGCACUGGCCUGGGCUCGCCACAUCUCAUGGGAUUUGGAGGCAGCCAUGCCUCAUGGCAGGCACCUGCAAGGAUCCCGAGGUCCUGGGACACCUCAGCUUGUGAAUGAGUUGUUGGCCACCCCACCCCCCACUUUCUCCAGCACACUGUCCCGUCAUACCUGCCCGAGGUGUGUUAUGUUCACCAAGUCAUCGUUGCCCAGUCUCACACCAGCCUCCAUCUCACUGAAUUGGCAGCUGGGCCUGGAAACUAAUAAAGCUAACCAGGAAAUGACUUGGGAGGCCUGGGGAAAUAGAUGAGAAAUGGACAUUCAGGGAGGGUGGUCAUUUGCCCAGAGGUGCCCAUUCAUUUAGUAGAGCUUCCUUGGGUUGAUGCUGGAGGCAGAAUCUGGGCAGUCAUGGGGUGCUCGGUCAAGUGGGAGCAACAGGGAAGGACAUGAAAAAUGGUACUAACCAAAGCAGUGACAUUUGCUGCCAGGCACCCACAUACAGCUGUAAGGCUGCAGGCUCCUGUUAAACAUGAGAUCCCCAGAACAAACAAGCCCAGCUGACUUGCGGCCAGUCUCAGUGGACACUUGCUGGAAGCCACUGCGAAACCAUAGGGGAAGGGCUCAUAUUCCGUGCUCAGCCAGGGCGGGACAACCCAGACCGCAGACAGCAGCACCAUUUACCCUGCAUGUUGGGCCAGACCUUGGGUGCUGGGAAAGCAUGGACCUUAGUUUUGUAAUGCUUGUUUGUAUGUGUCUUGAUUGUUGUAUCACCUGGUAUCUGUUUGCUGAGGAGGGUGGAAUAGGAGGGGGUGGAGUUUUGCAUAAAUAAAGGUUCUUUCUCUUUA